AUGGAUAUCAAUGAAUGUGCUGGCAAUCCAUGUAUCAACGGAGGAACAUGUCACAAUUUGAUUAACAGAUAUAGUUGUUCUUGUAUACCUGGUUAUUAUGGAACACAUUGUGAACUCGAUAAAGACGAAUGUGCCAGCAACCCAUGUAUGCAUGAUGGAACGUGUCACAACUUGAUUGUUCAUGCCAUGAUGGAUAUCAAGGACCACGAUGUCAACAUGAUUGCAGUUCGUUAUCUUCACUUUUUCAUUCUUUUAGAUAUUAAUGAGUGCGCAAGUAACCCAUGUUACAAUGGCGGAACAUGUCACGAUUUAAGGAACAACUUUACAUGUUCGUGUCUGGACGGGUAUUAUGGACCAGUUUGUGAGCUUGGUAACAUUAUUUUGCUUUAG